AUGGAUGUGGCUCAGAAAUAUCCAAAUCAACCCCAUUAUACUCUUUCUUACACAGAUGUUACUUUACCAUCUGUGACUUUUAUUAGUUUGAUUAAUUCCAAACCCACUUCAAAGGUGUCAGCUGUCAAUGGUGGUUUCACCUAUGAUUGGUAUUUGGGAAUUGACAUUAGUGUCUCCUCAAUCUCUCGUUAUUUAAAGGAGGUCAUUGAGGUGAUUCCAGGAUCCUUUGUAUUUGUCAUUGAGUUGCAAACUGAUUAUAUUAUUGCUUCGAGUUUUCCUUCCAUUCCAGUGACCUCUUGGGAUAGUCAAGGAAAUGAAAUUAGAAAAACUGCCUUGUCAUUUGACAAUCCUCAAGUGAAUGAUGUUGGCCGUUUGGUCUACUCUCAUUUCAAUAACCAACUCCAAACUCUUGGAUGUGGAAAUUACACUCUUCUCAACUAUGGCACCACAUAUUUCAAUAUUUAUCGAUACUGUAAUGCAGAAGGAAUUGACUUGUUGUUUGUGUAUUCAGUUCCUCAAUGGCACUACUUGCAAAAUAUGAUUAUUGCUGUCAUUGUCGCGCUAUUUUCAAGUUUGAUUAUUGUUGGUGGUGGCAUUGUCUUAGGUGUUUGGUUUUCCAUGAAAAUGAUCAAACCCAUUCUUAAUUUAGUUUCACUUUUUGAAUCCGUUUCCAAUAUGGAUUUGGAUUCCAUCGAUAUUGCAACUUCUUCACUUUCUGAAGUGUUUUUAUUACAACAACACUUUAAAUACAUGGUGAAUAAGAUGAGACAAUAUCGUUGCUUUAUUCCACCACAUUUACUUGCUCAAUUAGAUCAUUCACAAUCCUGCACUGAUUUGAAACAUUCAAGUUCUUCCAAAAUAGUCACAAAGCAAAGUUUCCUCUCUGAGGCCAAACAGUCGUCGUCAUCUUCUUCGGGUGUGUUGGAACGAGGUCGACGACGAUCUUCAGGAGUUGGAAGUAUUCAAUCCAUGUUCAAGUUGUCACUUGAGAAACGGUCGUUCACUUCUUCGGCAUUUCACAUUAAUGGAUUGGAUCGAGCUUUGGACACUCUUGAAUCUCUGUCAGAUGUCACUUCAUUGUUGCAUGACUUUUUUGACAUUGUGCACAAAACAAGUUCUCAAUCUUCGAGCCAUUUGGAAAAUUUCGGAGGAAAUUCAAUCACUGUUUCUUGGAAUUUGACAAGUAACGUUUCCAAUCAUGAAGAAAAAUGCAUCACCUUUUCAGCAGUUAUUUUGGAAAAACUUCAAAACCUUCUUUCCACAAAAUGGAUGAAAUAUGAAAAUUUGUAUUUGAAUUUCAUUGUUGCUUCUAGUUUCUCAGUAUUUGGAAGUCACAAGGCAAACAUGGAAAAGUUAAUCCAACAUGCUCACAAAUUGAAUGUUCCAUUUGUGACCACCAAAUGUGUUGGAGAAAAAAUCAAGCAUUCACGAAUGUUAAGAUUUAUCGGUCACAAGAAGCUGCUUGACGACGGAGAAUAUGUUCCAUUCCUUAAAAGGAAAUCAUUAGAAAAAACUGAAAUUUAUCAAGUGGGUGAUAGUAAUCAAUACGACAUGGAUGAAUGGAUGUAUGAAUUGGAACAGCAGCAGAGAAAAGAACGAUGGACUCAAUACAAUGCAGCUUGUGAGAAAUAUCUUGCAAAGGAUUAUGAAAGUGCGAAAGAACUCUUUCAAGCCUAUUUGAAAGAUCAUCCACAAGAUUUGGCUACCAUUUUCAUGUUGAAGAAGUGUUGA